ACGAAUUUGUUCGUGUGUUUAUCCAGAGUGUUACGACAAUAAUAAUAAUGGUUAGAGUUUGAUCAGUGGGAGUAGGAUUUAGGGGAGUUUUUUAAUUAUUACAAGUUUAUUAAAAGAAAGAAAUUCAAAAUGCCUGUAUCCAGUUUAAUUCAGCCAAUUCGUGAUUUAGCACAGAACUGGGAAGUAGAUGUUGCAUCACGGUUAGAAGAAUAUCUCACUGAGUUGGAAGAUGUAAGAAUAACAUUUGAUGGUGGUGCCACUACCAUGAACUUUGCUGAGGCAGCAUUAUUGAUCCAGAGCUCCACAUGUAUAUACAGCCGUAAAGUAGAGUAUUUAUAUUCCUUGGUGUACCAAGCUAUGGAUAUGAUUGCAAAUAAAAAAAAAUUACUGCAAGACCAACCUAAGGACCAGGAUGGUGUAGAUGAAGAUGUAUCAAUAAGAAGCAAAGAAGAUGAGUUUCUCACAUUAGAUGAUGUUCGAGUUAGUGUUGGUAAAACUAAUAACACAACAGAUGAAGGUGAUGUUACUGAUGCUAAUAUGAAUACACUUGUCAGGACACCAAUGGCGUUAUCAUCGGUGGAAGAAUCAGAGAAAGCGGAUAAAACACUUGUUAGUCGAAGUGCUGAAAUAUUAGGGAGUAAAAUUGAUUACUGGAUGAAUAGAAGUUUAAAGGAUUUAAAUGGUUCUAUGACAGUUGCUCAGUUAUCAACAAGUAAAAAGAGUGCCCUAACAGGAUUGAUAUCAUUUCGAGGGCUAGAUGACAAAAGCACACAGAACAUUACUGGUAAUCAAGCUAAUGAUGUGGAUGUGGAUGUAAUGAAUGUAGAUGCAAAUAAUGAAAUACCAAGUGAUGCUAAAUUUAACGAUGAUGAUGAUGAUGCAGGAGCUGAAUUUUUUGAUGCACCCCCGUCACCAGAUUCACCACCUCAGAACCAAGAAGUAGUCACGGAAGAAACCAAGAGGUAUGGUCUGAGACAAAGGAGGGUUGCUGAUGCAUUAUUUCCCCUAAAACCAACACAUGAUCCUUGGCAAAAACUAGAUGCUCACGCUGCUGAUGCUGCGGUUGUCAAAACGUUCAAGAAAUUGUCCACAUUUCGGAUUCCUAACAAGCCUGCUGUCAAGAAGAGGAAGAAAACGCCACUGAAACCCAAAUAUGCUACUAUUGAUGAAUUCCUGCAAAAAAAGUGUUUUUCAAAUUCUGAGAAGUUUCCCAGCAAUCCACUAAAAGUUCCAACUUUCCAGGAAUUUGAAGUAGCUUUUUGGGAUGAAUUCAAGAGAAGACAAGCAGCUGUCAGCUUAAAAAGAAAAAAAUGCUUGAAGAGAUGAGGUUCAAAGAAUUGCAAGAUUUAGAAGAAGAACAACAAGAGGAAGAAGAAAAUGCAGAGGUGGCUGAGUUUGCAGCUGCUAAUGAUGAUGAUGACAUGGAUGACAUCGGUGAAGGAAUUCAGUUUGAUGAUCAGGUCAUAGGAGCAGAUACAGUGCAGCCUAUGGCAUUAGAAGAUGUUACAUUACACCAUAGUAGCAUAAUUCAAACCUAUGAAGAUCUAGUGAGAAGACAUGUUGAAUUGUAUUUAGAUCAAGCCCAGAAUUAUAUCCAAGAAACCGAUCUAUCAAGGCGGAUC